AGUUUGUCCGUGAAAAUAGCGCCAAAUUUCGUUCUCCAGGUUUUAUGUUAGACGAACUUACAAACCCAUACAUAGAUACUGAUGGAAAGUGAGAGGGAUGAGGAUUAUCCUAUCGGUGUACUUAUCGAAGAACUUCGUGGUGAAGACUUACACGUUCGUCUUCAUAGCAUUCGCAAAAUCUCUACUAUUGCCUUAGCUCUUGGCCCGGAAAAGACCAGAUCUCAACUAAUACCGUUUCUGACAGAAACAAUAUAUGAUGAAGAUGAAGUACUGCUCACUUUAGCAGAACAAAUCGGAACUCUAGUUCCAUAUGUGGGCGGUCCUGAGUAUGCCCACUCACUUCUUCCUCCACUUGAGAGUCUUGCAGCAGUUGAAGAAACGGUUGUACGUGACAGGGCUGUAGAGGCACUCAGGAAACUUGCACCAGACCAUACUACAGAAGCAAUGGAAAAAUAUUUCAACCCAUUGUUACAUCGCCUAGCUACUGGUGAUUGGUUCACAAGCCGAACCUCUGCAUGCGCUCUCUUUAGUGUAGUAUAUCCUAGAGUAAGGAGCUCAAAACGAUGGGAAUUACUUGAUUUUCUUAGGAGACUAGCCAAGGAUGAAACACCGAUGGUCAGAAGAGCAGUUGCUGCUCGACUAGGUGAACUAGCACUAGCCAUGUCAGUAGGUCAAUCUUCCGAGAAACCUAGUGCUGAUGGAGAAAAAUCAAGUCAGAUAUCUGAGCAUAAUUCAAGUAAUAUGACCACUUCUAUCACUGAAUCAAAAAUAUUAACAAAUGAAGUGGUUAGUUUGAACAGUGGUCAUUUUAGUUGUGGAGUUGCUGCUGAUGAACGUUUGACUAAUGAUAGCGUAGCUGAAAAAUCGUCAACUCUUGCAAAUCCUCUUCAAUCUGAUGACUUUACUCUAGACCCUGAGAAAGAACGCAGUUAUAUUGUUACUAUAAUUAUUCCCUUAUUUGUUCGACUAGUUGAUGAUGAACAAGAGUCUGUACGCCUUAUGGCAGUCGAAUCGAUUGUUCAAUUAGCACAAGCAUUGGGACCUGAAGAAUCUGAAGGUUAUUUAAUUGAUCUCAUCCAACAAGCUACAACUGAUAGAUCUUGGCGUGUUCGAUGUGUUGUAGCCGAUAAAUUUACAGAAAUUCAGACAGCUAUGGGUUUACGAGUUUCACGUGAACGAUUGGUACCUUUCUUCAUGAAACUACUUCAUGAUGAAGAAGCUGAAGUACGAGCAUUUGCUGCUGGAAAAGUAAAAGCAUUUGCCAAAUGUCUACUAGGUUUACCAAUUGAUGCUGAUAUAAAUACUACUAAUAAAACUACUAAUUCUGAUACAAAAGAUUGUAAAAAUUCUUCUACAACAAUAACAUUAGAUAAUAAAAUGAUGGAAAUUGAUGAGAAAUUUGAUUCAGUCAAUAAUCUCAAUGAUAAUGAUAAUAAUAAUAAUAAUGGUUUAGCAUCAAAAGAUGAUAUAAUUAUGUUACAAUUAUUACCAGCAAUUAAAAGUCUUACAAAUGAAUCAAAUACUCAUGUAAAAUCUUCAUUAGCUAAUGCUAUACUUGGUUUAGCUCCAUUAAUUGGUAAAAAUUUAACAAUUGAACAUUUAUUACCUAUAUUUCUUGCUCAAUUAAAUGAUGAUAAUCCAGAAGUUCGUUUAAAUGUAAUUUCAAAUUUAGAACAAGUUAAUUCAAUUAUUGGAAUUGAUCAUUUAACUAUUAAUUUAUUACCAGCUAUUAUACAAUUAGCUGAAGAUCCAAAAUGGCGUGUUCGUUUAGCUAUUAUUGAAUAUAUGCCAUUAUUAGCGGAACAAUUAGGUUUAGAAUUUUUUAAUAAUCAAUUAAUUGAAUUAUGUUUAUCAUGGCUUAUUGAUCAAGUUUAUGCAAUUAGAGAAGCAGCUGUUGAAAAUCUUGUCAAUUUAUGUAAAAAAUUUGGAUCAGAAUGGGCUAGUCAAUACUUUAUACCAAAAAUUAUCCACUUGUCACGUGAUGAAAAUUAUCUUCAUCGUAUGAUUUGUUUACAAAGUAUUAUAAGUUUGUGUAAAGUUGUCAAUCCAACAAUUUGUUGUCAGUAUUUAUUACCUACUGUUUUAUCAAUGCAUACAGAUAAUGUACCUAAUGUUCGGUUUAAAGUAAGUAAAUUCAUAUUAUCUAUAUCAUUAUCACAUUAGUGUUUUAUGUUAAUAGUUGAUAAGAAUAGUUCAUGAGGUACUCUAUUCAAUUAUUAUUACUAUAAUAGGGUAAAAUAGUAAUUUUAAUCAACCUGUAAAAUUUAUCAUUAAAAACAGUGUAUGUUUCAGUUCAUAUUUGUAUAACACUAUCGUCACAUGUAUGAAUAUAAUGAAGAAAGUCAAUUGACAAGAAUGUAGAAAUUAAAAUGAUUCAAAGUAAAUUGUAUUAUAAAUGUAAUAAGAAAGAAAUUUAGGUAUAAGGAAUAUAUAUUUAUCAAACCUUAUACUUUUUGUUGUUGUUGGAUUUAAUGAUUACAAUUGAUCAGAUUCUGAGCGGAUUAGCUCGAUAUUGUCAUUUAGUGAAGAUAGUUAGUGGGUAGUAAUGGAGCUCUGGAUGUAUUUCCCACCCCACUAUUGAGGGGCCCGUUAUCUACAUGUAUCUGCAUACGGAUGUUAAUGUUUACACUGGGACUUUAACAACGGGAAGAUACGUAAACUUAUAAAUAAAAUUUUUUACUCGUUACACAAACCGGUGGUUGUCUGGACUAUAUGUUUUCAUGGAUAGUGUAUUGGCGUUUGGAGCCAAAAGUAUAUUAUGUUCAAGUCUCAACAUGAAAAUCAACGCCGAUAUACAGGUUUAUCUGGAUGAUGAUUUUAAAAUGGAACGAAAUGGGCAUCCUGAGUUCUACUGUUAGUCACUGUCCAACUUUAAUAGAGACAUUAAAUAUAAUUCAGAGAAAGCAAAUGAAAUAAAUAUAUGAAUUGAAAUUCGAAACUAACAGGAGGAUACAAAUGAAUCUGGACUACUAUUCAAUCAAUUUUGAAUAGUUACAUAAGAUCUUAUCGAACAUAAUAACAAAGCUUGCGAUUUCAUUCAGUAACUGGACUAGUAAUCAUUAGUGGUAUCCGUAUUUCAGUUUAAACAUUUCUAUCCUCUCCUAUGCUAACGAAGCAUUACUUAUUAGGGUAAUCGAUUUGUGGUCUUACCUAUCACAUAUGUAAGUUACCUCAGUCAAUGAAGUUUCACAGAUAUAUUGAUCAGUUUACUGUUUGAUGUUAUGUUCAGUUAUAAUUAAGCUAUCAAUACUUAAUAGGUUGGCGAUAAUUCGGAUUAGUCUAACCUGAUUUAGAUGAGACACUGCUAGCUUCAAUUGUAGGUAGACUAGUCUAUGAAUUGAGAUUAAUGAAAAUAUCUCGGUAAUUGAACUGUUCACGUCUAAUCACUUCUGAACGACAAAUGUUUGGAUUGCGCACAGAGGAGCCUGCUCAAAAUUUUUAUUCAAAAGCAACAAUAAUCGAAAAUGUCUGUAUUAAUAAUUUAUUUACACUCAGGGAGUAAGUCUCAUUCAUUAUCUUUCCAGUAAUGAAUUUAAAUCGCUAUGAAAAAUAUCCUUAUUCACUACACUCCAUUUAAAGGCGUUUGUGUAUAAGAUCGUUACACUACUGCGAUAAGUAAUUACAAUUUCAUUUCUGCAGGUGCUUCUUUCCUUUGUGAAAAAAUAAUAUGACUAAGUUGUGUAACUCACCGAAGUACGAACCCGAUUACUUGACUUUAAACCACACUUGAACUUAGCUCUAGGCAACUAUCCAAACCGAAUUAGUUGGAGCCGGUAUUCGAACCUAAAACGUCAAUAAUUAUAAGGUUUCCUGUUUUCAUUCAACAGUCUUCAUAUGUGGUAGCUUUUAAGUAGAUGUGGAGGUGUCGAAAAUGUCCACUAGUUGAUAUUGUUAUUAGUAUUGUUCAAGUGUACUAACUGUAUUAAUGGCCGUGAAAUGUGGUUUUUAAAAACAGGAUAUUAUCGUAGGUUAUUAGUGUCUGACUGUAGAUGCUCUGGAAGUAUUGAGUGGGUAUGUUCGGACCACUAAAUAGGCAACGCUGAAAUUAGACACAAGAUACUUGGUAAAGAUAAAAAAUCCGUUGAUAAGGUAGUUAAUCUUCAUCGACUGAGGUGAUUGGGACAAAUUAUGUAUACCCAACCACCGCCUACCUCGACGCGGGAUUUUAUUUAUUUAUUUCAACACAUAAAUAUCGGUACAAGAGGGCACCAAAUAUAUAUUCGCCAUACUAUAUUUGUGUGUGUGUGGGCUGU